AAACAAUCUUCCUCCAUUCUCCCUUGCCUCAAACACUCUCCCACCACGUCGCCAUACACCCACACACCCUAUCCUCUCAAGCCAAUGCAUCAUGCUCACCACCACCACCACGUCUUGACCAUGUUGCCCACGAGACAGACCACCCACCCUCGUUGCCCUCACCUUUUACCUCUCCCUCAACAUGUCCGCCCUCCAAUUAACAACCUUUGAUUCCGCCGACCGUCUUCCCGUCCUAAACCUGUCCCCAGACAAUUCCAACCCGAGUUCCUACCUGGAAGCAGACGUGGCUCUGGUCUGGCCCUAUUCAAGUUCCUCCGCCACACUUGCAUUAUUACUGGUCGAUACCGACACCAAACCUGGUCAAGUCCGAGGUCAAGUCAAGGUCGUCUUUCGACAUGGCUGCGCGAGGCAAGUCGCAAACACAAAGGUUGGCAUUGGCGAUACUUUGCGCCUCGGUUUGAAUGAUUGCGCCUGGAAGGAAACAGGAGAUGUCAUUUCUACCCCAGGCAAGAAACUCGCCUGGGAUCUCGAAUACACCUCACGUGUUUGCGCUCAAAUAUCAAGAGAUGGCCAGGACUCUAUCAAUGUAGAUUACAAAAGAUCCAACUCUGAAGAGCCAGUCGCAACCACCGUACCUCUACCUCUGCCUGCUCUAUCACAUGUCUCUACUCCAGUCUCUACUCCCACCUCUAAUGGACUCCGCCGUCCCCCAACUGACACUAUUUCCGUUCCUUAUUUUUCUCCGGCAAAGUCAAUCAGAAGAUCUUCCGGCGCCACCUUCCUCGAUGGCUUCCUCGAACCCUCGGCCGGAGAGGAUGACUACAUUACUGGGCGCGGACGAAAGCGAACAAAGUUUGCUCGUCAAAGUGGUACUUGGAAUUUGAUCGAUUCGGAUGAUGAUCAACCUCAGACUCAGACCACAGUCAAUCACGACGACUCUAGCCGCAGAGAGGGCAUUUCCACGCCAGAAGACGCCCAUGUUCCUCUUUCCCAAGACCAAGUCUCGUCUGCUCAUGUCUCUUCCCCUGUCCAGCAACCGCCCUCUAUCAUGGGACCGCCCCAGACACCCGCUAAGACAUUACAUCUCACUCCACCUCAACCACCCGAAGCCCCUUCACCCAGCAAAGAUUCGGACAAAGCCACCACUCCUCGAUUGAUGCCUCUUGCCUCCCCUGGUCUACCCCUCGUCUCUCCACUCAUUCACCGCACUGGUGUCGAGUUCGGAUACUUUCCCACCUUCCAAGACAACAUGUCACAAUUGGACGCUUCUGCCAAAGAAUCAGUUCCCUCCGCAGAUGAUUUGCCCGGAAACGAGCCUGUUUCUAAAGGUUCACCUGACCUGGAGCCGCACCUGGCGCAACCAGACGAGCAAGCAUAUAUAGCACCAAGUUCCUCACUAGACAACAUCCCUCCAAGCCCACAUGAUGCCCUUACUACCUCAAACUUGAACACCACUGAACCUGAAGCCGAUCCCUAUUUUGUUCCUGACCAUUGGUUGUCUACUCUAGAAGCCAACAUUGUUCAAGAGUUGCAGCAGAAUGACCAAAUGUCGCCCGCUCCCGUCACCCAAGAGGCUCCUGUCACCGUCGAAAUAGAAUCGGAUGAUCUCUAUGGUCCUCCACCCUCACUACCAGACAAGGCCCCAGAUGCUGACCAAGAACCUGUCCUUGAAGAGCAAAUGACCAACCAUGAAAACUCUCCUGUUCUAUCCACUGUCUUACCCAAGAACGAGAUUCCAGAAAAGACAACCUCUGUCCAUGAAGAUAGCUCAGAUGCUGAGUCUCCUCCAGUCUUAUCCGUGUCGGCUUCAUCGACGCCAGAGCGCUCGCCUAGCCCUCAGACCGAGAAACUGUCCAAGUCUCCAGAGCCUGUACACGUGAUCACGAGUGAUGAAGAUUCAGAGGCAGACACAGACACCGGCGAAAGUGACGAGCCAGCCACACCCGAAUCCGAAGAAGCUGGCCAAGCUGAUGCCCAACAAGAAUCUGAACCUGCCUCUGAAUCGGAUGACGAGAUUGAAGUGACGGCAGUAGUGAGACACGAUGAACCAGACUACCCUGAGACCGAGUCUUCUCCACUUGCUUCUACUUCUCCAAAGGUGUCAUUUAUUGAGACCGUAUUGACUGAACUUGAUGAGCGCAGUGCUCAGGUGGAUGCCUCUGAUGCCGUUGACACCGCAGAUACUUAUGACGAGGCCGAAAAUGACGCUGAGGUAGAUUUGACCGUGCAAGAUCUUCAAAAGGAAAGAUCACCAUCGAAAGAACCGACUCAACCUUUGUCCCCUGAUGUGACUGCUCCUGGGAUUCCAGAUGAAUCAUCGCCAAAACCGCAAUUGCCAGAAGUGUCAGAUUCUGCCAGAUCCCCGAUGACCACCUCCAUCUUGCCUACUCCCGAUCAGACUCAGGACGACAAAUCUCGAUCUCAUGAGGAUCUCGUAAGCACAGCACUGCAACCAGAACAGGGCGUGCUAUUGCCCUCUCCAAUACCUACACAAGAUACACAGGAGACUGUAACUGCCGCGAAAGAUGCAUCGCUUCCAGACAGUCUUCCAGAUCAAUCAGAACCAAAUCUAGAGUCGACAGCCAUGCAGCCCAAUCCGCCUCAAAGGCCAUUGCGUCACCCAAUCAAACCCAAGAACAUUUCUAGUCCAUUCUUUACCCCAAGGCGAUCAGCGCGGCUCUCAUCACCCGAAGCACGCAGGGACAAAGGAUCCCCUUCAAGCCCGCUUCAAACCACGUUCCCAACGUCUCCCGUCUUGGAGUCGCAAGAAAAUGACGUUAUAGCUGCAUCGCCAGUCCUACCAACUACCGAGACCUUUCAUAGCAGCGAAAAGGGCCUGAUUACGCCAAUUGCGUAUUAUGUCCAUUUGAUUUCUCUACAGGAACAUUUUGGGCAAGUGAUAGAUGCUAUCGUUGUGUGCUCCGAUUCAGCCAAGGCAGACAGAGCAAAGUCAGGACCCAAAGAUUACUUUCUGAAUAUUCACGUCGUCGAUCAAACUUACAGCACUCCCGUUUUGGUACAGAUCUUCAGACCGGUCAAGAAUUCACUGCCAUCACUCAAUCCAGGAGACGCAAUCAUCUUGAGAAGUUUCAAGGUCCAAACAGUCAGGGGAAACUUUUCACUGCUAAGUACCGACACAUCGGCAUGGGCAGUGUCUCCAAAAGGCAGCUCUCAGCUCAUCAUUGCUGGUCCACCUAUUGAGCAUGGACUAGCUGAAGUUUCCUAUGCGUCAUCGCUGGUCGAGUGGUGGCAGAAGGAUUCAGCACUCGAAGAGCCUGAACAUAUUCCGGCCUCGACUGGACCACAAACACGAUCAAGUCGACGUGUGAACACAUCACCAGAAACCCUUGCCAAACCCAAACCAACUCCUAUCAGCGUCAGUCGUCGGAAAGCCAACAUGACGGAUAACUUUGGCAAUAGUAGUGAUCACGGUCACGAAGAAGCCGUGGAGAAUGAUCAUGAUGUCCAGUCUCCACUCCUGGAAAAACAGCAUGAUCAUCGUGGGUCUACAACACCAACCACCGCCACAGUGGAGUUUGCUCCGAGAAGAAGUGCAAGGCAUAGGAAAUCGCCUAGCGUCGUGCAUGAACUGAGAGACGGUACAAAAUAUGUGGAUGACGAGAACUCAACCCCAGCCAAAAGGGGUGGGAGUGUUGUCCAUGAGUUGAGGGAUGGAGCGAGAUAUAUCGAUGAGUAA